AUGAAAUUUAUAAUUGUUGAUUAGCUAUCAUGUUUGGCUCACAUUAAGCAUACCACAUAACCAACUCAUUUCUGGUUAAAAUUAUCGAUAUUUGUUAUGUAUUCCCAAUAUAUCGCAAUGUUAUUGCCAAUGCAUGGAUGGAAUUUAUGGAAUUAUAGUGAUGGUCAUUUCAAACUAUUUCAAAUGGUAGCUCAAUCUUAAUUAAUCAUACCAAUUUUUGCAGACUCUUAAAUUGAUUUCAGAAUGACGGCAUUCAUAAUUACUAUUCUGUUACUCAGUGUCAUUAUUCUAAUCAUAUUCACUUUGCUAUUAUUUGGAAUUUAUGAUAAUCGAAACAUUAUUGAACAUUAAUCAAUAAGAAAAUCCAUCUUCUAUUUCUUGCAAAUCACAGGGACAGUAUUUCAAUUACCCAUUUUAUUUUUACUAGUGUCUCAAAUCUUAAAUGGUCCAGGAACUCUUAAUUUUUAAAACACAAUUCUUGGAAUGCAGAGUAUCAUUAACUUUUUUACUUUGAUUUUGUUCACAAUCAUUAUAUUCUUUUCCUAAUAUUUCUUAAGAGCUUACACAUUCAUUCCAAGCAACUACAUCCAAUCAAAGUUUAAUGGCUUCCAACCAUUACAUUAUGUUUUGCAGGUAAUUAUGGCUGUAUUUUAUUUUGUUGACAAUUAAGACACUGUUUAAUAUGCGUAAAUUGCAAUAAUACAUCUUUCUUUAAUAUUUAAAAUUAUUGAAAGCCUAAUCUUUAAACCCUAUUUACCAUUUAUGAAUGAAGCUCAUUUUAAAUUAAGUUUGGUUGCUGAGUUUAUCAAUAUUAUAAUCAGUUUCUCUGUCUUUACAGAUGGCAAAAUAAUUGCUUAAGAGGACAUAUUAUAUUUACUUUUAUUUACAGCUUUGUUUUCAUAUUACUUAGGAGAAGUGUUUCAUUAGAGGAAAUCCAUUUAAGCCUAUGAUGUAGACAUCAAUUGUUUUUCUUGUAUUUCAUUGGCAUAAGAAUUGUACUUAUAAUGCGUUGCAAUGAAUAAAUUAAUCUAUCAAUAACAUUUCUUCUCAUUAUAUUUCUAUUACAAAGCCCAUAAAGUGAAUUGUGCUAAAAAUUGGAAUAAGAAACACAGAAAAAAUGAUAAUCAUAUUCAGUUGACAAAUUAGACUAUUUAUUGUAUGUUGUAGACUGAACUAGAAAAAGCUAAAAGCGAUACAAAAACUAUGUAUGAAGAACUUGAGUUAUUCUUUAUUAAUUAUGUAGCUGAAUACAUCAAUCGCCCGUUGUUGGCAUAUGUAGAAUUGAAAAAGUAUGAAACUCUAACUAACUAGCAAUCAUACUUUUUUAUGAUAGUUAAAUACUAAAUGAGUUAAUUCCUUCAAUAAUUAGUUAAAAAAUAGCAGAAUCUAAUUAAAUUGAAUAGUAUUCAGUAAUAACAAUAAUAAUAAGAAAAAUAACUAAGCAUUUAGUCUAUACAUGAAACUUUAAAAUUCUAAGAAUCUUUUAUACCAAAGGUUAAGGAGAUAAUUUUAGAAAAAAUUAGUUUUUGGACUAAUUAGAUAAAAGGAUUUAAUAGUAUUUAUGAUAUUGAGAGAAUGGCUUUAUUCUAAAGUGCAAAAAUUUAAAUAUUGCAUGAAGAACUUUAAAGAUUUUGUAGAUUUGAUUUUCAUAAUUUGGAUAAGCUAUCCUAAAUUUAUAAUGUAUAAACUAUCAAAUUCAUAUCUAUGUUUUUCAGUGCAAUAAUGAAUGAUUAUUAUAGUACUUAAAUAUGUGAAUAAGUUAUUGCAGAAAUAUUUAAUAUUGAACAUACACAAUAGGAUGAUCUAAUAACAAAUAUUCUGUUAGUUGAGGAGAGAGCAGCAUUAGUAUAAAUUAGUAUGGUUAGAAAUAGAGGGAAAAUAGUUAAUUUAGAUAAAAGGUUAUUGGCCAAAUAUUUUGAAUUUGAUGAAUAGGAAUUCUAAUAAAUAGAUAAUAUAAGUGCUUUGAUGCCAUCAUUUUUUGCAGAAAAACACGAUAGAUUACUUUAGGAUUAUCUAUAGAGUGCAAAAUCUAUAUUUUUUGAUGAUUAUAAAUUAGUAUUCGGAAUUUCAAGAGAAGGGUUUUUGGUACCAUAAUAAUUAAAAAUUGAUAAUGAUUUUUCACUUUUAGAUGAUUAUAUACUAAUGGGAUGCAUGUCUAAAGUAAAACAUUCAUCAGAUUUUGUUUUGUUUGGAGAGGAUGGUUAUCUGAUUGGUUGCACUUAAAAUUUUUAUGAGACAUUUUUCUAAUUUUAACAAUCGAUUACUAAAUUCACUCCUGAUAUGAUAUAUCAAAUAAGUAUUUGCAUGCUAUUUCCCAAUAUCUUUGAUUUGCUCAUUGACUUAAGAAAUAAAUUAAAAAAUGAUUUACAAUAUGGAUCACCUGAUAAUUACUGUAAAAUUUGGAAAUUCUAUAAUUAAAAGGAUAUACUAGAUGAUGGAUACAGAUUAUAGCAAUCGUUAAAGCAAUUUUCAACCCAAAACUAUGAAAAAUCAUAAAGCAUAUAAAAAUCAAGGACUAGUCAAACAUCAUUAGAUUUGAAUAAAACAAGACUGGUCCAAUUAUAACUUAUGGACAAUUAUGAAAUGUAGAAUUCAGUCAAAAGUAUUUAAUAUCUACACUAAUUACCAUUAUUUAACGUUGUUGUUUAAACUUAGAUGGUUGAUAAUAUCAGAAGGUUUGAGGUAAUAAAUUAAUAAUGUAUUUUUAGGAAAAGUAGAAAUAAUGUUUUAUUAGUAAAGUUCAAUUGUAAUUUAGAAUAAUGGGGAAAAAGGAUUCAAGAAAGGCUUAUUUUAUAUUAGAAAUUUUAGACAUUAGAAGAACUGAUGAUAAUAAAACAAACGAAUCACUUGCAAACAAUUAAUAUUCAAAUAAUGCGUUUUCAACAAAUAACAACUAAUAAAGUAUUGCUGAAAUUAUACAUAUUAGCCAAUAUGGAAAACAGUUAGUCUUUUAUUCAACCAAGUGAAAAUGGAUUGGAAGCACCGUCAGUAGCUGUAGAGGAGAUACGUCCAGAUGUUUCAAAAAUUAAUGAGGUUUCAUUAUUGAUCAAAAAGUAUGGAAGUAGACUGCCAGAAUUAUCUAAUUAUGAAGGACAGUUGAUUGCCAUAGAAUCUGCAAGAGAUAGCAUGAGUUAUGCACCUAUUUCCCAGAGAAUUUAAUUUAUCAGUCCUUCCUCCAAGUAGUAAUAAUUACAGGGAUUAAUUGAAAAGGACUUUACGGAAUUACAAAACCAACUUGAGUAUGGAAAUGGAGAUCCUGUAAAUGAUAUUGAUGUACCAGAAUCAUCAUAAGUUAAAGGAAUAAGUAGCAAUAAUAAAAAGGAGAAUAGUCAUAAUCUUUUAUAACAAUUAUAAGAGAACUAGUUGCAAUAAAAGAAAAACGAUUUUGAGGUGAGUGCUAAGAAAUCAAGAUCAAGCAAUACUUCUGGUACCUCUGGAAUAUCUGCAAUUCAAGUGAUUAAGAAAUUUUAAUCUAAGAGGGAUUUAACUCAAAGUUUAUAGGCAUUAUUGGCAAUCAAUAUUUUGAUUGUCUUGAUAAUUACAAUAUAUAUCAUUAUCCAUUUAACAAAUGUGAGUUCAUACCAUGAUGAAUUAUUACAGACUCUAAUUAAUAUUCAAGCUCCUUUGUUAUUUAACAGAUAUUUCUUUAAGACUUUUUGUUAUAUCUGGAGUCUAGUCUUUAAUUCAUUGAACAUUAUUAAUAGCAGUGAAUACAUAAUUAUUUAAACAUUAGAAGAGAUCCAAGUACUUGCAGACACAAUGCUUGGCAGCUUAAGGAGCAUGUAUGAUACAUUUAUUGGAAUUGAGUAUUAAGGGAUGUUAAGUAAGAUUAAUUUAGACUUCUUAUAUUAAGACAAUGAAGUAGUUACUUACACCUAUUUUAUCAAUUUUAUAUCAAAUAUUGCUGAUUUAUUAUUCUAGGCUCAAUAUCAUACUUUUGAUGAUUUGGGAGAUUUGAUUGAUCAAAACUAUCUAGAUAAUCUAUUGACAUUAAGAUAUAACUUAAAGAAUGUCAAUUACAUGAAUGUUGAAUUGUUAGAUUCAUUAAACAUAUUGUUCUUUGAUUUAUAGUAGUCAAAGCUAACUGAAUACCAAUUAUAAAUAAGUAUUGAAAUAAUAGUGCUAUGUUUGGUUAUGUUUGGUUAAAUUUAUUAUUGGAAUCAACUUGAAAAAUAUUGUCAAGCUAUCAUACUUUUAGCUGGAAGGUUGUAAGAGAAUUAAGCUUAAGAGCAAAUUAUCAGAUUCUCAUAUGUAAAUGAAACUUUGUAAACAUUUAUUGGAAAGUAAAGUUGGAAAUAGCAAAACUAUUACAAAUUAUUAUAUUCAUCUUUAAAUUAAUUGGGUUUGGAAUCUGUUUACACAUAAUCUAGGAUUUUGAAGGAGUAUUAAUUAUAAUUGACAAAUAAGAAUCCUUAGAAGUCGGAUAUCAAUAAUGAAGAAGGAUAGAAAAAAAUUAGAAAAAAUCAGAAUGUAGUAUUAAAUUCUAGAAUCACUAAUUCUGGAAUAUCAAUUAUAAAGGAAGUCUUCAUUAUAACAAUUUCCUUUUUAAUUAUUCUUGGAUUUAUAAUUGGAGGUUACUUCUUGUACAAUUCCCAAGCAAGUGAUUUAUAUCCCACUUAAUAAUUGACUUUAAGUUUUAUUAGAUUUACCUCUUAACAAGAUAUUACAAUUAGCUGUGCCUUAGUAAUCAAGUCCUAACAAGCUUUAUAUUAAAAACUGAUAGAAGAUAAAUAUUAUACAGAUGCACAAAUUUCAAGUUUUCAAGGGGCUGCAGAAAUUAUGACUAUUUUUUUGGAAUAUUACGAUUCCUAUUUUGAAAAUUUAACAAAUAUCUAUGAAUUCAUUUUAGAAUCGAAUAGAAUAAAUGGAGAUGAUGAAGCUGUUUUAUUUAACUUGUAUUCAGAAGACUUUUGUACCCUGUUGGCUGAUCUCAUUCCUUUUUGUGAAUAAGAUGCUAGUUUUUUUGAUACUAAAUAUGGAACACCAAAACCAGAGGACAACAAUAGGGAAUUCAUAAGUUCUGGCAUCCAAGGAGUAGUGAGUCGCAUUGAUACUUUAUUUAAAUAGCAAUUCAUUUAUGAGAUUGAGAACAAAGAUUACAGAGAUGAGCUUGAUAUUGUAUUAGAACAAUUAAAUACUAAAGAAUUCAAUAAUGCAAUUUUUGAGCACUUUUUAGAUACAACUGAUGGUACUAACUUAUUUAUAGAUAACAUUAUGAUAAUCUUAAAGAAUGUAAUGGCGGAGGAUUUAGAUGUGAUUUAUUCAUAUUACUUGGCAGCAGGGAUAUCCUUAAUUGUUAUUUAUUGUAUAAUCUUUGGAAUCUGGAUGUAUUCCACAAAUUAAAGAUUAAUUUUGCUAAGAUUAGUAUUAACUAAUCUACCUAUAGAGACAUUGACAGAACCACAUACAUUAACAUUAUUAAAGAAAUUAAAAUGA